GGGGGCGGGGCGAGGCGCGUGUGUGCGGCCGAGGUACCUUGAGCGUUUGUGCGCCGAGGCUCGCGCUCCGAGAAGGCGGCGCUGUGCUGUGAUACGGACCUCGGGGCGGCGGUGUCCGCGCGGCCAGGCACCUGGAAGGGUGAAGGCGAGAGAGGCAGAUGACGACGCUGAACACAGGCUCUGCAAGAAUCUCCAUAAUGAAUGGAUCCAGUGUGGCAAGUACAUCACCCAGUGUGAAAUGCAAGGAGGACCAAGGAUUAAAUGGACAUGAGGAAAAGGAAAACCCAUUUGCAGAAUAUAUGUGGAUGGAGAAUGAAGAGGAUUUCAAUAGACAGGUAGAGGAAGAGCUGCAGGAGCAAGACUUCUUGGACCGCUGCUUCCAGGAGAUGCUGGAUGAAGAAGACCAGGACUGGUUCAUCCCAGCACGAGACCUGCCUCAGGCUGUGGGACACUUACAGCAGCAGUUAAAUGGACUAUCAGUCAGCGACAGUCAUGAAUCUGAAGACAUUUUGAGCAAAAGUAACCUGAAUCCAGAUGCCAAGGAGUUUAUUCCAGGAGUGAAGUACUGAGCUGUUGAAAGCUUCCAGAAGGACUUGUCUUGUCCCCGUACCUGGGGUCAGCAAUGCACAAAAAGGCAGAGCUGAAGGGGGGUGGCAGGGCUGUGUGGCCAGGGUGGGUUGGGUUGGGAAGGUGGUUUAACUGGAUACUGUGACUGAGUAACUAAUGUGCGAGGUACUACUCUCCAAGCCCUCUGAACUUUGCUCUUCUGUUCUGCUAACUUGUUCAGAGCAGUUUCCCAUUUUAUUUUAUUUUUGAGAAGUUCUUUGGAGUUGUUUUUCCCUUGUAAGGAAUGUUCUGUAUGCAUUCAAGCAAAAUAAGCUGACCAAGGAAAACAGUAUUUAAGAAGUAAUCUUCCCUGCUGUGUACCUACCAGGAGCAGGGCAUCUGGAGAGCUUAAGGAGUUUGCAGCUGGGUGGUAAGAGGGAAGAACAGAACAGGAGAUGUAAACCAGAUGCAACACUCAGAUCUCCAACCCCUGACAUUUCCAUAGUGAACUGGGGUACCAGUGGCCCACAAAGCCCUUGUCUCCUGGCCUGAACUUUACUCAAGAAAACACAGAUUUGGAAGUUCUUGGAUGAAUGUAACUUUGGAUGGAUGCAAGUUGUACAUCAGAAGAACAGGGCUGGAUGGUGUCUGUCAUUUAGUUGCUGCUGGCCUGGUGUUGAUCAUAGGUGUGUAGCUGUCACUUAUCAUUUACAAGUCAAGGUCACAUAGAGUCACUUUGCCUUCACGAUCCAUAUAGGGGCUACUCCUGGUUUCUUUCCCUCACAGCUCUAAAAGACACUGUUAGCCGAAGUCUGAGACAGGCCUUUCGUUGGGUUAGUUGCAUCUUGAAUCUUUUUGGACAGUUUUGUUUUAUUUUCCUUAGUCCCAUAAAUAUCUGGUUUUUACAGUGUCUUAAUUCUCUCAAAGAUUUCUGUAUUUUUUUUUUCAAGGAAAUAACGUUUUUCCAAACACUAGUAAGCUGCUCAGCUUAGUUUGGGUGCUUCUCCUGCCUUACAGAGUGAUUCCCAGAAACUAAGCUACUAAGGAGUCCUGCCUGAGAGCACAACAAAGCUCCGUGAAGCUGUUAAUGGGUGUUAUUGCUCCCACAGACUGGCUUUUUGUCCUCGUGGGCCUGGCUGGGUGCUCUCUUAGUUCUCCUGUGACUCAUUAGGGUUUUAUUGAUGCUCUGUGGAACUGAAUUCCACUGGGGGCUGCUGAUGUGAGUAGAGGUCAAGGUGGUAGUGUUGAGGGUGAAAGGACAAGUGUCCUGUCCUGUUCAUACUCCCAGGACAAGGGAUUUGGAAAGGCCUGAGAGUGCUGUCCCUGUGCUGUGUGUUAGGUCUGGAAAGAUCAUGUAGCUUCCAUGCUAUCAGUUCAGCAUGUGGAUGUGGGCAGAGACUGGAAGAAAGGAUUGAGUCUGGAAAGUUGGAACUUUUCCCUUUUUCAUGAGCUAGUUUUCUAACUUUCCAUUUCAUUUUGGUUCCAGUGAUAGAACCCAGAGUGUCACUUUUGCCAGGUUAGUCCUGCCCUUGAGCUGUUCUCAGCCCUCCCUUGUUGACUUGUAAACAGCCCCAGCAGUUAAACACAAACUUCCCUGUUUUUCCUGUUAAAAGUCUCAUAGGAUGGCAUCUUGUGACAGUGACCUUCCCCCUUAGGUCACAUCAUAGUGAGUAGCUCAGGGAAAUUGUAUGUCCAGACACAUACUGACUCCCAAAGCUUCUCCCUCAAGAAAAUGAAACUAGGAACUCCUAGUCCUCUGGGAGGACUUUAUUCCUGCUUCAGCUUUUAGCUUGGCUUGCCACUUCUAAUAAGGAGAAGGGUAUGGGUAGGGCAUAAAAAGAUUCUGCUGCAGCCUCCACGAGACUGUUGGAGAUCAGAAUGUAUCAGGAUUGCAGGAAUAUCCUUGAGAAUCUCCACCUGAAUAUUGUGCACCCUUCUUUGAGUACUUGGCUGGGAAGCCUGUGCAAGCCUGAGGAGGUUUUGUUCCAUCCUAAAGUUUUGCCCUUUGGAAGCCAAGCUGCUAGGUGUGGUCCCAGAGGCCUACAUCCCCUCCUGCUGUGCUGACUUAUUUUACUUGGAUGUCAAUCUCUGUCUUGGUUUUGAGGGUGCAUUUGGUUAAUACUACUAGAGUGCUGUUGGGUGUACCUGAAAGCAAGUGCUGGUGUGUUGGGUCCACCUCAGAGCAGCAUACUGACUCCAGGCUUGGGAUACAGCCAGUGAGGUAGGUGGUCCUUAGUAAUAUGUGGAAUGACUUAUUCCUGUGACCCAACUCUCCUAUCAUUCAAUGUUGUGAAGUAGCAUAAUCAUGCCCCAGACUACAGGCUCAGCCUUAGAGUUUGCCAGCUUAGCAGAAGAGUUUUGGGUUUUUGUGGGUUUUGUUUCCCCCUUGAGAAUUUAUACAGCAGUAGAAAAUGUUCUUAAUAGUUGCUGGUCUGGCUGGUCCCAGUCUUCAUUUAUUAGACUGAGUUCUAAUUGUGAUUAUUUGACUCUGUAACUUUUCUUUUGUGGAGGGAGAAGGAAUAAAGGAAUGUCUCUUCAGGCAUUUUGGACUGCAUAAGAAAUUAUGGAGGUAGCCAAAGCCUGGGUACUAGGGUACAAAGCUCAGGGUCUGGGGCCAGUUUCUAUCUAUAGAGUACCUGACUUUUGGUUGUCAUAUAAGCAAGCCAGAAAAUAGUCUAAAGAUUGGAUCUUUUUUAUUGAACUAAGAUCUCACAUGUGCUAUGCAAACACUACACCAGGCUGCAUUCCAGACCUGUGAGAGAGGCUGGGUCUUGGGAGCCACCCCUAUUUCCAAAGUCAGAAGAGCUGUGAUUGCUUCAUUAAGAUUGUAAGGCUAACCAUGUCUUAAGAAUAAAUGUUUUUAGUGAACUACUAA